AUGUGGGGACGAUUAGUUAAUACAGCAAACAAUUACUUUAACAAUAUGUGGUCAGUACCAACGUUUUCUCAAUUCCCAAGAUCAUUUUACCCUUAUGGUAACCCGUUUCCGUCACCUUAUCAAACACGUUCACGUCCGGCAUCGACAUCAUUAUCGACGUAUUCGUCAUCUUCCUCAUCACCAUCAUCCUCAUCGUCCUCAUCAUCUGGGGAUGUUUGGGAGUCUGGUAUACGUGUGCCUGGAUUCCCAUACCGUUAUUCUGGUUCCACUGGCUCUCCAGAUGUAGAUUCCAGUGAAAGCGAAACGACAACGACGACUAGUCCAACGACAACAGCAUAUCGUUACACCUAUAACCAAGAAACCACACCAGCAGCUCUAUUCCCGACACUUAUUCCGUCUCUCCAGGAGCUCAAAAUCGUUAAUGCUGUUGAAAAUAGUAGAACUGGAGAAGUAGAACGAUUUUAUAAUGUUAUCCAAAAUAGAGUAUAUCCCUAUCAAAACGUCUACUUGACAACAACUAGAGCUCCGCUACUACCGUAUGCAAAGUCUUUGAACUCUGAGAACGAAUAUGACGAAGCAAUAUCAAUCGUUCCGACAGCAGAAGACGAAAAAUUCCAAAGAUUUCUGACUACAACAAACAAUGAAAAGUUAACCACUGAAGGCAAAAAACGAAAGUCAUCAACAGAUGGUACAUGGGAAAGUAUGUUGGUAGAUCAUGAUACAGGUGACUUCAGUGAUUCUGUAAUUAUGAAACCACCACCAUUACCAGACUUGGUAGAAAUGAAACAACCUGAAGAUGAAGGUUUUCGGAGACUUCGUCUAAGGAAGUGGUAA